UAUCGGUUUGUGAAGGAAUUCGUCUUUUUAUGUGAAGCCGUAGAAACAGGCGAUGGUGAGGGCAGCCUAAAGGGAGCAGGCGGGGGCCGACUGGAAAGUUCACAGCCAAGAUGGCGGCGCCGUUGGCGGUAAAUUCAGGUGCCAGCUUAUGGGGUCCAUACAAAGACAUCCUGACCACAGUGGAGAACGCGCUCUUGAAGAGGCAGCCGGAGGCCGUACAUGUUCUGGAUCUGCUGCUGAAGAAGCACAAACCGGAUUUCAUCUCCCUGUUUAAAAACCCAGCAAAGAGCCCCCAGCAACAUGAGAAGAUCCAGAAGGCCAGCACCGAGGGCAUCGCCAUCAAAGGGCAGCAAGGGACCCGUCUCCUGCCCGAGGCGCUCAUCAAGGAGGCCUUCAUCCUCAGCGACUUGUUCAACAUUGGGGAGGUGGCCGCCGUGGAGCUCCUGCUAGCCGGAGAACACCAGCAGCCGCACUUCCCCGGCCUCACCCGCGGUCUGGUCGCCGUUCUCUUAUACUGGGAUGGGAAGAGAUGCAUCGCCAGCUCCCUGUGCACCCUCAUCCAGUCCAGGAAGGGCAAGACGUUCACCAUGGACCUCAGCCCAGAGGUAGAGGCUAUGACCACGCGGUUCACCGACGACCUGAUGGAGAGCGGCCUGACCCAGAAGAUCCUCACCCUGGUGUCUCAGAUCGACGUGAACAAGGAAUUCGAUAAACUACAGAAGGAGCGAGGACUGGGGAACGAAAAACACCGCAAGGAGGUCUCGGAUCUCAUAAAGGAAUGCCGCCAGUCGCUGGCAGAAAGUCUCUUCUCCUGGGCCUGUCAGACCCCACUGAGAAAGGACGAUACGCUCCUCCUGAUCGGAUACCUGGAGAAGGUCUCUGUGGAAGCGGACGGCACCCUGGACAGCGUCAACCUCCACCUCCUCAUGGCCCUGCUCUACUGCUUCGACAUUGGCUUUCUGGAACAGGGGACCGAAGACAGGGACGAGUUAAUGCAGCAGACCCCUCUCUUGACUGAAAGACAGUACGUGGCAGCCAUACACCAGAGACUGCAGGACACUCAGCCGUGGAAGUUAUCAGGUCUGCAGGCCACGGUUAGGCUGGCGUGGGCACUCGCCCUUCGCGGUGUAUCUCAGCUCACCGAAGUUACAGCGUUAGCGGAGUUCACGGAGGCAGAUGAAGCGAUAGCGGAGAUGGCGAUCGGAGGCAGCGCCUUUCUCUUCCUCACCGACGCCGUGGUGGGCUCCGAUAUCUUCUCCCAGGAGGAAUUCUUUGUCCGCAGGAUUCACACCCUGGUCACUGAUUUCCUGACUAGGAUGCCCAUGAAGGUCAAGCAGCUGAGGAACAGAGCAGAGGAAGAUGCCCGCUUAAUUCACAUGAGUCUGCAGAUGGGCAACGAGCCCCCCACCUCUCUGCGUCGUGAUUUAGAACACGUUAUGCUGCUGAUUGCUGAACUGUAUAAGAAAGAUCCCUUCCACCUUGAGCUGGCACUUGAGUUUUGGUGCCCCACAGAACCUCUCCAGAACACCACCCUCAUGGGCUCCUACCUUGGCGUCGCUCACCAGAGGCCUCCUCAGCGCCAGGUUUUGCUGUCAAAGUUUGUGCGACAGAUGAGUGACCUGCUGCCCCCCACUCUGUAUAUUCCCUACCUGAAGAUGCUGCAGGGCCUGGCUACCGGUCCCCAGUGUGCCCACUACUGCUUCAGUUUCCUCAAAGCUAAUGGCAGCAGCCAUGCUGAGAACCUGCAGGCCGGCAGCCCUGUGUCCUGGGACCAUUUCUUCCACUCACUGAUGCUGUACCAUGGACACCUACGGAGAGACUUACCCAGCGCUGACAUUGUCCACCAGCGCCACCCCCCACUGAGGGGCAUCACCCAGCGGGAGAUGGAUGGGCUCUUAGCAUUCUUACAACUCACCACCACAGUCAUUGAUUGGAGUGAGAGCGCCCGUCUGGCUCUGUGUGAACACGCCCAGUGGACUCCAGUCAUCGUGAUCCUCGGACUCCUACAGUGCAGUAUUCCUCCUGUCCUGAAGGCGGAGCUGCUGAAGACCCUGACCGCCUUUGGGAAGUCUCCAGAGAUUGCGGCUUCUCUCUGGCAAUCCCUGGAACAUACUCAGAUUCUGCAAACCGUGAGACCUACAGCACAAAGACAGGCGGCAGGAAUCGAGGUUGAACUAAAUGAAAUUGAGUCCCGUGCGGAGGAGUACCCGCUCACCAUAGCCUUCUGUAGCCUCAUCGGUACCUUGGUGGAGAGCUAUUUCCCAGCCAACCUCGGAGCUGGACUGAGAGCCCCAGGAUUUGAGCCGUACCUGCAGUUUCUACGUGACACCGUAUUCCUCCGAUUCCGCACCCGAGCCUACAGGAGAGCGGCAGAGAAGUGGGAAGUGGCUGAAGCGGUCCUUGACGUCUUCUACAAACUCCUGAGAGAUUAUGAGCCUCAACCGUAUCUCUACCAUGGUGCCAGCAACCCUGAAUUAGCCUUCGAAAGUGCUAAAAUCUUGUGCAACAUUUCCAGUAAUGGUAACAUCCAGGCCAAGCUGGUGGGAGAUUUUACCCAGGACCCGAAAGUUAGUCAGAAACUUAUGGCCGGCUGUGAAUGUCUGGACAGCGAGGACUCCGAGGAGGUGGCGAACCCACUGGGAGAUAUCGAGGAAGAGAGGAAACUGUCCACAAUCCACCACGAGACCAAAAUCCACAUCCUCAACCUCCUGAUCACCUCCCUGGAGAUGAAGCCGCCCAACCUGGCCUUAUAUCUCCUGGGGUUUGAGCUGAAGAAACCAGUCAGUACAACCAACCUUCAGGAUUCAGGUGUUUUAGGCUUCCCCCGAACCUGUCUGCACUCCAUCUUGGAUAUCCUUAAAAAAGGCACUGAUGGAAGAAUGGGGCGCGUGGCCGUGCUGGAGGCCCCGCACCUCGCUGAGCUCUGCUAUCAGGUCAUUUAUCAGCUCUGCGCCUGCACGGACACCUCUGGACCUACUAUGCGAUAUCUCCGGACUAGUCAGGAUUUCCUGGUCACCCAGCUUCACCACCUGCCCUUCUCUGUAAAAGCACAUGAAAUCUCUGCUCUGAAUCAGAUGUCGUGGCUGAUGAAGACCGUGUCCAUAGAACUGCGCAUUACGUCUCUCAACCGCCAGCGCUCUCAUACACAGAGACUGCUGAGCCUCCUGCUAGAUGACGUUCCUGUCCGACCCUAUAUAGCUGAUGGUGAAUCUGGUUUGGAGGAUGACAAUUGGGGCGGCAAUGCCUUUCUUCACUUUGACACAUCUUCAAAAGUUCGCAGAAAAAUCUUGAGCAUCUUGGACUCCAUUAACUUCACCCAGGAGAUCCCGGAGCCCCUUCAGCUGGAUUUCUUUGACCGUGUCCUGAUAGAGCAAGUGAUCACCAAUUGCGAGCAGAAGGACCGCAGCGGCCAGACCGUCUGCAAAGUGAAACUCCUCCGGCGAGUCCUGCUUGCAGAAAUCAAUGCCCUCCAGGGGAUGGCUGCCAUCGGACAGCGGCCUUUACUGUUGGAGGAAGUAAACACCAUCCUGCAAUACGCUGUAGAAAGAAAUAAGAUGUUCCGGUGUCUUCACGCCAAGCGUCACGCCCUGGAGUCCUGGAGGCAACUAGUGGAGAUUAUCCUGACCGCCUGCCCUCAGGAUCUGAUCCCGGCCGAGCAGAGACAGCUGAUCAUCAGGGAUCUACUGCAGGACCUGCACGACAAGAUUCUGGACGAAGAGGCGACUAAGGACCUGAUGCCGGUGGUGGCGGGCACCGUGUUCACCCUCACCGUGCACCUGAGCCAGUCAAUCCGCACGGAGCAGAAGCAGCCGAUGAGCGCCCUGGGGGUCGGUCAGUCGCAGUACGUGCUUUUGCUGGACGGCACUUUUGCCACGCCGUCGGGAACGGACAACUUGUCUGCAGGAUUUGCCUCUAUUGGAGACUCGUCGCUACAUAUGAUCCUCAGGAAACUGCUGGAAUUUAUUCUUAAAACAGGUGGAGGACUGCAGAGAGUCCGGGCUCAUCUAUACGGAGCUUUGCUGUAUUAUUUGCAGAUUGCCCAGAGACCAGAUGAACCAGACACACUUGAAGCAGCUAAUAAGACAAUGUGGGAGAGACUGACGGCCCCGGAAGACAUCUUCAGUAAACUCCAGAGGGACAAUCUGGCCAUAUUUGAGAGUUACGGGGCGGCCCUGAUGGAGGUGAUCUGCAGAGAUUCCUGUGACGGCCGUGAGAUCGGCAGAAUGUUGGCUCUGGCCCUCUUGGACAGGAUCGUGUGCGUGGACAAGCAGCAGCAAUGGCUUCUCUACCUGUGUAACAGCGGAUACCUCCAGUCCCUGGUGGACAGUCUGGCCCAGGAUGACGUCAUCUUACAGAACCUGCUGAAUCCUCAGCCGCCAUUGCUGAAGGCUCUGUACAUCUACGAAUCCAAAAUGGCGUUCCUAACCCGAGUGGCGAAGAGCCAGCAGGGAGCCCUGGAGCUUUUGCGGGCGGGCGUCAUCAUAAGACUGGCGCAGUGCCAAGUGUACGACAUGCGUCCGGAUACAGAUCAGCCUGGACUGCACGGUAUGAGAGAUGCCCCGGUCUUCAUCCCCACGCCCUUGGAAAGGUACAGACAGAUCCUGCUGCCCGCUCUACAGCUCUGCCAAGUCAUUCUGACCUCCAGCACCGCGCAGCACGUACAGGUGGCCGGACAGCUCUUACAGUUCCUCAUCGCUCAUUCGGACACGAUCCACGCCAUUCUUAGAAGUAAGGAGGGCAGUCUGGGUUCAUUGCAGGAGCUGGCGCUACUUACAGGCAUCAUCAGCAAAGCUGCACUUCCAGAGGUUGUCAACGAUCUGGUCUCUACCCCAAAUGAGGGGCCCACCAUAGAACUGCACGGACACCUAGGACGAUUUCAGCGCCUCUGCCUGGCUUUAUUACACCGUUUUGGGGGUUCAGACAAACUGCGCCAGCUCAGCUUACAGGAUGACGGUUCCCAAGUGGACGGGGUGAGCAAGAAGGACGACAUGGAGCUGGCGAUGCAGCAGAUCUGUUCCAAUGUAAUGGAGUACUGCCAUACCCUGAUGCUACAGAAUUCCCCCAACCUCCAGCAGAUGGUUUGUCUCUUCACCCCCAGCCUGACGGAGAGCAGCGGCAGCCGAGACACCUCCAGACUAGACAACCAGACCUCACUGCUCCCGUCCUGGCGCCUGCCCAGUCUGGGGAUUGUGUUGUCCCUGUUAAAGCAAUGCUCCAGCGAUUUCUUCACAUAUUACGACAUUCACCGGCAGAGCGUCAGCAAGUUACAGAACGUGGAGCAGCUCCCCCCGGACGAGAUCAAAGAGUUAUGUCAGUCCGAAACGCCUAUCGGAGUAGAUAAAAUAUCGACCACCCAGAAAUAUCUGCUGGCACGACGGAGGCUGGUGAAACUCAUCAAUAGCCGAGCCAAGCUGCUGUCCGUCUGCUGCUACAUCAUAGAAACCUGCCUCUUCAUCCUGUGGCGCCACCUAGAGUAUUACUUGCUUCAGUGCACCCCGAGUGACAGCCAGGACUCAUUAUUCUCCAAUGCAUCUUUUACCAGCAGAAGAUUUCAAGACACACUAAAUAGUGACCGCAACUCUGACUUCAGGACACAGAGCAAACUGAGCCAGCAGGAUAUAGAAAUGCUUCAGAGAGAAGGCGCGAACCUCUUUGGGGAGUCCCUGCAGAAGAGACUGCUGGAUAUAGAAAGCAUGUACUGUAAAGUGCGAUCCCGGCACAGCUUCAUCCAAGCGCUGCUCCGCCGGAUAAGAGGCCUCCUGCGAGUCUCCAGAGCCUGAUCCACACCGACCCAAAUAACAAAUCACUUUGUACACAAUAAAUUUUCUACCUUCUAAGUUAUGGACUGACUCUUCCACUUUUUAUUUUUUCAGCUCUACAAAAAAAAAUCAUUCUUUUAUUGCCGCUCAAAUAGAAAUAAAACUCUCCCUUUCAUAUUG